ACGUCUAUGUCUUCUUGCUGACAGUGACAUUCUUAUCAAUUUUAUCAUUUAUUGAAAUGUUAUUAUUAAUUUUAUAAUCUUGUUAAUUGUUAACUUUUGUUGUUUAUUAUUCUAAUGAGGAAAGCUUAUACAUAGAUCUUCUGCAAGUGAAAUGAGUUUUCUUUUUGGGAGCAGAUCUAGUAAGACUUUCAAACCUAAGAAGAACAUACCUGAAGGUACUCAUCAAUAUGACUUAAUGAAACAUGCUGCAGCCACGCUUGGUUCUGGUAAUCUUCGUCUUGCUGUUAUGCUGCCCGAGGGAGAAGAUCUAAAUGAAUGGGUUGCUGUGAACACUGUUGAUUUUUUUAAUCAAAUAAAUAUGUUAUAUGGAACUAUAACAGAGUUCUGUACUGAAGAAUCAUGUGCUAUAAUGUCAGCUGGCCCAAAAUAUGAAUACCAUUGGGCUGAUGGGCAUACUGUUAAAAAACCUAUAAAGUGCUCAGCACCGAAGUAUAUAGAUUAUUUAAUGACUUGGGUUCAAGAUCAACUUGAUGAUGAGAUGCUAUUUCCUUCAAAAAUAGGAGUGCCCUUUCCAAGAAACUUUCAAGUUAUAGCCAAAACUAUUUUAAAACGCCUUUUUAGGGUUUAUGCUCACAUAUAUCAUCAACAUUUUACGCAAGUAGUGCAAUUAGGAGAAGAAGCUCAUUUAAACACUAGCUUCAAGCAUUUUAUAUUUUUUGUUCAGGAAUUCGAUUUGAUAGACAGGCGAGAGUUAGCACCAUUACAAGAAUUAAUUGAUAAAUUGACUGCUCAAGAAAGUAGAUAAUAACUGCAUAAUUAAUUUUUUUUUGCUAAGUAAAAUUUAUCAGAUACAAUAACCAAUGUUGACUAUGGAUAACAUACUCAUUAAUUGGUAUUACAACUAAGACGCAUUAGUAAAAUACUGAUAUAUUUUUCUAUCCAAAUUAUUGUGCUUAAUAAUGAAAUUAUAUUAUCACUGUGGUAACGGCAGUUAUUGGCACUGUUGGACCUGAGGGCAUACGUGUUCUAUGUUCACACAAUUGCACGUAUUAUUUUGUAUUAAGAGGUGAUGUG